GCGGAAGUACUCUGCCGGAAGAAGGUCUCCAAGACAUGAUGAUAUAAGGACAAGGUUGUGUCACCAAGCCAACAGUCAACAGUUCACAUUCCUUGGUGCAUCCUACUCUACGCGGUCUCUUCUUCACGCCGAAUCUUUGGUCUGCGUUGCACUGUUGUGUCGUUCUCCGGUCCCUGCUUUGACUAGCGAUCUCUCUCUCUCUCUUCUCGAGUCCUCGAUACUCAUCAAAGCCAGCUAUGAAGUCCAUCUGCGCCGUAGCUGCACUCGCAGCGGUGGUCUCGGGAGAAUGUUACUCGCAUUCGACCACCUGCUGUUUGAAUCUGAGCAAGACGGCUGGGUUGGCUGGCAAGGUCUACUUCCCCAACUCGACCGACUACACGGAACGCAUGGGCUCAUACUGGUCCAUCAGCGCGGCCCUGAACCCGUGGUGUGUUGCGCAGCCGUCGACCGCUGAGGACGUGUCUGCCAUCAUCAAGACGCUCGUCGCCUCCAACUGCACCUUCGGCGUGCGAGGCGGCGGCCAUGGCUCCUUUGCCGGGUCCAACAGCGUCGAGGACGGCGUCACCAUCGACUUCGGCAACAUGAACGGCACCACCUACAACACGGAGACCAAGCUCGCCUCGAUCCAGCCCGGCGGUCACUGGCAGACCGUGUACGACACCCUCGCCCCCCACGGCGUUGUCGUUACCGGUGGCCGCGCCGGUACUGUCGGCACCGGCGGCUUCAUCACCGGCGGCGGCAACUCCUUCCACUCGGCCUCCCACGGCUUCGCGUGCGAUACCGUCGCCAACUUUGAGGUUGUCCUCGCCGACGGGUCCAUCGUCAACGCCAACGCCACCUCGAACCCGGACCUGUGGCAGGGUCUGAAGGGCAGCGGCGCCAACCUCGGCCUCGUCACCCGCUUCGACAUGUACGCCAUCGAGUUCCCCGACCCGUCCAAGCCCGUCGUCUGGGGCGGCAACCUCAUCUACGACCUGGCGUCCGGGCCCCAGGUUAUUGACGCCCUGGUCGACUUCACCGACAACGUCCACAAGGACGAGAACAGCUCCUCCAUCGUCUACUGGGCGUACAUCCCCGCCAUCGGCGGCAUGAUUCUCAACGCCGCCAUCGAGAACACCCUGGCCGAGGUCGCCCCUCCCGUCUUUGACGGGUACUACGCCGCGGGUAACAUCACCCAGGACACCACCAAGGUUGACCUCAUGUCCGUCGUCGCCAACGAACUCGGCUCCGGCCAGCCCUCGGGCUUCCGGAACGCGUGGUUCACCCUCGCCUUCGCCAACGACGCACGCGUCAUGAACUACGCCGUCGACAAGUUCUAUACCCUGAACGCAGACCUGGAGAAGGCCGUCGGCGCCGACUCCGGCUUCAACACCCUCUGCAUGUUCCAGCCCAUCACCAAGUCCAUCGUCGACAAGGGCGUCGCCAACGGCGGAAACAGCCUCGGUCUGGAGCAGUACAUCGCCAACGGAAACGGCAUCAUGUUCCUCAUCACACUCGCCGUCAACGGAGCCGAUAACGAGACGAUUGCCUUCCCCUAUGUCCAGGCCUACACCGAGGACGUCGAGGCCUAUGCGGCGUCCCUGGACCUAGGAUGGGGAUGGAAGUUCCUCAACUACGCCCACAAGGUGCAGGACGUCAUCGCGUCGUACGGCGAGGCCUCUGUCGAGAAGCUGAGGGCUGCGUCUGCCAAGUAUGACCCUUCUGGGGUGUUCCAGAAUCUUCGCCACUCGGGCUUCAAGAUUCCUGUUUAGGCGGAUGGAAUCAACGGCGGUGAAUGCUGGUUAAGUACGAGAAACAUAAAAACAUAACAACGAUGGAUUCUGUUCAAAAUAAACACUGAAUAAUUACCAGUUUUGACCCUUUUGUAGAGCUUUUAUUUUUAUCUUUAAUGAGCUGUUCUACGACAACGCUGCGUGAUCAAUGAGCCAAUAACCAUGAACCCUCUGCGUAGUUGACAACUUUGCCACUACUAAAACUUUAA